GCGAAACUUGCCGCUUCCUGUUUUCUACCCAGUCGCUAUCCGCCGCGUACAGCCCGCUCGCUCCGUCUGUUACCGACUUACUGUCGUUCUUCUUCCUUCCUGUGGCGUACGCUGUGACUUCAACAUGAACACGGUGCUGUCCAGAGCCAACUCUCUGUUCGCCUUCUCCCUCAGCGUCAUGGCGGCCUUAACGUUCGGCUGCUUCAUCACGACGGCGUUCAAAGACAGAAGAGUUCCGGUCAACAUCCACGUCGCUAAAGUCAUGCUGAAGAACGUGGACGACUUCACUGGACCCAGAGAGCGCAGUGAUCUGGGUUUCAUCACCUUCGACCUCUCAGCUGAUUUGCAGCCAAUCUUUGACUGGAACGUCAAACAGCUGUUCCUCUAUCUGUCUGCUGAGUAUGCCACAAAGAGCAACUCUCUGAACCAGGUAGUGCUCUGGGAUAAGAUCGUUCUUCGAGGUGAAAACACCAAACUGAACCUCAGAGACAUGAAGUCCAAAUAUUUCUUCUUCGAUGACGGGAACGGACUCAGGGCCAAUAAGAACAUCACUCUGACACUGUCGUGGAAUGUCGUCCCCAACGCUGGAAUCCUGCCUCUAGUGGCUGGAAGUGGACACGUCAGCCUCCCUUUCCCAGAUACAUACGAGUCCACCAAGAGCUACUAGAUGGACAGAAAAACACACGCACACACACAACCGGCUGUGCUGUACUGAUGAACACACACACACUGUACACCUCUGUUUCUUCAUAGAUGUAAAAAAAAAAAAUCUGGUUUGUAAUAAAAGUUUAGAUUGAAACAU